CUGGCGAGCUCUCUCUGUUAAUCGUGGAGAUCUUCUUGCCUCUUCGCCCACUCAUUCUAAGCUCUCUCUCUCACGUCAAAGUUUCCUUUUUUUUUUUUUUGUUUCUCGUUUUAUUUUGGGGAAGAACAAAAAAGAUGCUUCUUCGAAGCGCCUCAACACCGAUCUUGAAUUCAUGGAUUCCGCAAUCGAAGGAGUCGUCGCCGGAAUCUGACCUGUUUCUUCAUAUACCGAAAACUCGACCGAUCACAUUGACGGCCUCGUCGGCUUCGGUGUCUCCUGGCGACGAUUCCAUGAAGAAGAUGAGCAGAGCUCUGUCGGAGACUGAUCUCCGGGAGCUUGCGGUAUUGAAAAAGAAGACAUUAGGGAGGAGCCUUACUGGGCUGUCUUCGUUUUCGGUGGAAGAAGAGGAAGAACAAGCGGGAAUCAAGUCAAGGGCUUCGUCUUUGGAGCGGUUGCUUUCGAGCUCUGGUUUGGGGGAAGCGGUGGAAGCCAUGGACGAGGGGUGUGUUGUUGGGGUGAAGGAUAAUGGGUUGGCAACUCUUCCUGUGGGCGGUGGAGUUGGGAGUGAUGAUGGCCGGAUAUGUGGUGGUGGUGGAGGAGGAGGAGGAGGAUCAAAUGGUGGAGACGGUGAAGGGGGUUCUGGGUUUUCGGAUUCGAAUCAUGGGAACGAUCGCACGGAUGUUUACUAUCAGAAGAUGAUCGAGGCGAACCCUGGAAAUGCACUUCUUCUGGGGAAUUACGCGAGGUUCUUAAAAGAGGUUCGGGGUGAUCUAGCUAAAGCCGAAGAGUACUGUGGGAGAGCAAUCCUGGCAAACCCAUCAGACCAAAAUGUUCUGUCACUCUAUGCAGAACUGAUAUGGGAAACUCAAAGAGACUCUGGUCGUGCUAAGAGAUACUUUGAUCAAGCUGUUAAAGCAUCCCCUGACGACUGUUAUGUUCUAGCUUCAUAUGCUCGGUUUCUGUGGGACGCCGACGAAGAGGAGGAGGAGGAAGAACAGGAGGAACAUGGAGUAAUGAACUGUACAGUACCACCGCAACCGCCACCACCAAACUUCAUUGGAGGAGCUCCUGCACCUUUGACUUCUGCGUCUUAGAUUUACAGAAUUCGUUAUAGUAAUCUUUGUUUUUUUUUCUUUUCAUCCCUCCUCCUCUACCUUGUACAGAGAAAAUCUAGAACCAGAAAGAGGUGGGAGAUAGAUAGGUUUAGGCGCCAAUAUCGAUCAGAAUAGUUUUGUUCAUUGUUCGAUACAACUGCUACCAGUGGACUAUAAAUCUAGAAUGCAUCAGAAGAAACCCGAGUGCAGAGAGAAAUAUAAUAAAAUAAAUGAAUUCAAAACAAUCCUUGACACCUU